CUAACAACUAAACAAAUUUAAAAAAAAAAUAAUGAUCAUUCAAAACAAAAUUAAAACAGAACUUACUAUAAUUCAUUGCAAAUUACAUUGUACGGCUCAAUUUUCCUCUGCAUCUCGCCCAAAUCAAUAGCUAGAUAGGGGAAAAAAGUGGGUCAAAUAUAGUUUUUUAUUCUUCUUUCAAAAUAACCUAUUGAUGGUGAUGAUCCUCAUGUGCUCUGUUCAAUACAAAACAGAGAAGAACAGAGUAAAACAGAGGAAAAUCAGAGGAAAUUAGAGAAUUUCAAGUUUGAUUUCAAUGCAAUUAUUAUUCAUUUUCUUUCAGAAUCUCAGAUGGGGAUACUUUGUUAUUCUAAUUAUUGCUUUUCAAAUGUGUGUUUCAACUCAAAGCGCGGAAAUUCAACGUAUUUGCGGCUCUCAUAAGGGGGAUAUAAAUGCGACAAGCUCCACAGCUUUUGUUCCGAAUUUCAUUGAUGUUAUGGAAAUACUCCAAACUAAAGUUACCAAGGAAAAAUGGGGACAGGUUUCGAUUACGUCUCCUGCGCCUGCAGUUUACGCCUUGGCGCAGUGCAAUGCUGAUCUUAAGAGUGUUGAUUGUAACCUCUGUUUUAGCCAGGGCAGAGCAAAGCUUGCUCUGUGUCUUCCGACAACUGCAGCUCGUAUUUAUCUCGAUGGUUGCUUUAUUCGAUAUGAUGAUUACAAUUUUUUCAAUGAAUCAGUGAAUUCUGCAUUUGAUUAUGUGAAUUGUAGCCAGCCCACAGGUAUUUUAAGUGAUAAUUCUUUGCAUUUGGAGUUUAAGAAAAAAGUUAUAAAGGUUAUUCGGAAUGUAACGGAAAACACGCUUGCUCAGGGAACAUUUGCUACUGUUGAGGCUAAACAAGGAGCUGUUCCUGUUUAUGCAUUGGCUCAGUGUUGGAAUUCCGUUACAUAUUCGGAAUGUAGAGACUGUUUGGUGAUGGCUGGUUCGGAAUUGAAAGAAUGUGCACCGGGAGCUGGUCAGGCACUGUUUACUGGUUGUUAUAUGAAGUAUUCUCUUGAGAAGUUCUUUAAUAUCAGCACAGAUUCUAAAAAUCAUGAUGAUGAUGCUGAAGGUGGUUUGGUAGGACCAAUUGUUUUAGCAGCAAUAGCAUUUAUUGUGCUAUCUUCUUUUGGUGCUUUUCUUGGGUAUGAAAGAUUAUCUACAAAAAAAGAAGAUGAAGAUAAUAACAGGCAACUUCACGAAAGUUCCAACUUAAACUUCAAGUAUGAAGUUCUGGAAAAAGCAACCAAUUAUUUCAAUGAUGAAAUGAAACUCGGCCAAGGCGGAGCCGGUUCUGUAUAUAAAGGAAGUCUAACAGAUGGAAGAGUAGUUGCAGUUAAGAGAUUAGUGUAUAAUACGCGGCAAUGGGUCGAUCAGUUCUUCAACGAAAUUAACUUGAUUAGUGGCAUUCAACACAAAAAUCUUGUUAGGCUAUUAGGUUGCAGUAUUGAAGGACCCGAAAGUCUUCUUGUUUAUGAAUAUGUACCUAACAGAAGUCUUGAUCAAAUACUUUUCAUGAAAAGCACGAUACAGAUCCUAAGUUGGCAGCAGAGGUAUCAGAUCAUUCUCGGAACAGCAGAAGGACUUGCGUAUCUUCACGGAGGUUGCGGUGUAACAAUUAUCCAUAGAGAUAUAAAAACUAGCAACGUUCUUCUUGAUGAGAUGCUUAUUCCAAAGAUUGCAGAUUUUGGGCUUGCCCGUUGUUUCGCCCCGGAUAAUACUCAUAUGAGUACUGGCAUUGCAGGAACAUUAGGAUAUAUGGCUCCGGAGUAUCUAAUCCGAGGACAGCUAACAGAGAAAGCAGACGUUUAUGGUUUCGGAGUGCUUGUUUUGGAGAUUGCAACUGGGAAAAAGAACAGCGUUUAUUCUCAGGGAUCGGGUUCGAUUUUGCACAAUGUUUGGAAGCAAUUCAAGUCAAGAACGCUAAUUCAAGCAAUGGAUGCUAGAAUACCAGACAGAACUGCUGUUAAAAUUGCAGAAAAUGUGCUACAAAUAGGCCUUCUAUGCACUCAGGCAUCUCCUGCAUUAAGACCAUCCAUGGCAGAUGUAGUUGAGAUGCUAACAAAUGAAGAUUCCGUGAUUCCGACACCGAGACAACCUCCAUUCCUGAAUGCUAGCGUUCUGACCGCAGAUGCUUCCACUAAAAACUCGAUCACUAAAGUUUCACUUACAGAAAAAUUAUCUAUGACCUUAAAUCGGCCGAAAAUGCUUACGCAACUAUCGUCGGAUGUCACUCAAAACUCAUUCAAAACCGCUAAGUCUGGAUGGAGUAGUUCUUCAAUAGAUCAACCUGAUGAGACUAAAUAUUUUCAUUUAAAUGUUUAAGAAAUUAACAAAUAUGAUGUUGAAACAUGAAUAACUUGGAGCUGAAGGUAUAUAGUUGAGUUA